UCUCCACAAACUGCCCGGGAGUGAGCAGCCGCUCUCGGAGGGCGCAACAGAGACGGACAGACGCACUUACUGCCUGACAGCCAAGCCUGCCAACUAGCCAGCUUGUGCCCGGCCGCUUGUCCUCCCCAGGCAUGCCCACCAUGCUGCCUCUGUGGCUCCUGGCAUCCUUGCUGGCCAUGAGCCAGGCCCUUCCCUUCGAGCAGAAGGGUUUCUGGGACUUCACCCUGGACGACGGGCUGCCCAUGCUGAAUGAUGAAGAGGCUUCAGGUGCUGAGACCACAUCAGGGGUCCCGGACCUGGACUCCCUCACGCCCACCUUCAGCGCCAUGUGUCCCUUCGGCUGCCACUGCCACCUGCGGGUUGUUCAGUGCUCUGACCUGGGUCUGAAGGCUGUGCCCAAGGAGAUCUCACCCGACACGACGCUGCUGGACCUGCAGAACAAUGACAUCUCCGAACUUCGCAGGGAUGAUUUCAAAGGCCUCCAGCACCUCUAUGCUCUCGUCCUGGUGAACAACAAGAUCUCCAAAAUCCACGAGAAGGCCUUCGGCCCCCUGCGGAAGCUGCAGAAGCUCUACAUCUCCAAGAAUCACCUGGUGGAGAUCCCUCCCAACCUGCCCAGCUCGCUGGUGGAGCUCCGGAUCCAUGACAACCGCAUCCGCAAGGUGCCCAAGGGCGUGUUCAGCGGGCUGCGCCACAUGAACUGCAUAGAGAUGGGCGGGAACCCCCUGGAAAACAGUGGCUUUGAGCCCGGAGCCUUCGAUGGCCUAAAACUCAACUACCUUCGCAUCUCUGAGGCCAAGCUCACCGGCAUCCCCAAAGAUCUCCCCGAGACCCUGAAUGAGCUGCAUCUGGACCACAACAGAAUCCAGGCCAUCGAGCUGGAGGAUCUGCUCCGCUACUCCAAGCUGUACAGAUUGGGCCUGGGCCACAACCAGAUCCGCAUGAUCGAGAACGGCAGCCUAAGCUUCCUGCCCACCCUGCGGGAGCUGCACUUGGACAACAACAAGCUGUCCAAGGUGCCCUCUGGCCUUCCGGACCUCAAGCUCCUCCAGGUGGUCUAUCUGCACACCAACAACAUCACCAAGGUGGGCGUCAAUGACUUCUGCCCCGUGGGCUUCGGAGUCAAGCGGGCCUACUACAACGGCAUCAGCCUCUUCAAUAACCCUGUGCCCUACUGGGAGGUGCAGCCGGCCACUUUCCGCUGUGUCACUGACCGCCUGGCCAUCCAGUUCGGCAACUACAAAAAGUAGGAGCAGCCAGCAACCGCCGUGGUGGCCUGGGCGGGGUCUCUAGAGAGCCCAGCGGACAUCCUGAAGGGGAGGGCAGAGCGAAGGAGCAAAGUCAGUGCCCAGCUGCACCCACUCCAGCCCCGCCCUCGAUCCUGGACCCCAGCUCGCUGCCUCCCAACGCCCUUAUCCUGGCUCCCAAGCAUGCAGAUGGGGCACAAGACCCAGCCUCCAUCACAUGUCUCCAGCUUCACAGCUGUCCCUGCCCCCGCACCCCCAGCAUAGCCACUCAGAGGCACCCUCAUAAAGCUCUCUUCCCACUCACCAUGAAAUCAAACUGCCCAAGGCUCCAGCCCAAGAGAAACGGGCCCUGGGUCAAGGGGCCGGGAAGGGGCUAACAAGGAUGGAGACAGCCCACCCCAUCCGCCUGGGACACAUUCCUCCUCAUGUACUUCCAGCUUCCUGGGCCUGGCCUGCUACCCUGGGCCUCCCAUGCCCCCCCAACCCUUCUGCAAGACCAUGGCCCAUUCAUCCAGGCCUCCUUGCCCUACUGGCCUCUAGACCAGUAUUUGCUUCUCUGGCACUCUGGCUCUUUCUCCCCCUCUUUCUGUCUCCAUCUGUCUCUCUCAGCCUCGCUCUCCUCUCUCACAUCUCUGAGCUGGGUCGGUGUCUGUCUCGCUGGGCUUCUGCCCAGCCCCUACCCAGGCAAGCUAGGGGACAGAGGGCAGCUGCCUCCCAGCCUGCCCUGCCCAGGCCUUGAGCCCAAGUCUGGACAGUCCUGGAGGGGACCAGCUGCUGGAGGUGAUGCACCCCGCAUACACCCCAUAGUCUGAAGGGGAGCAUUGGCCCUGGCAAGGGCCUGGCAUCCUACUGGAGCCCCAGCCAACUGUCCUUGUCCCUCUUUCCCCCCAUGACAGCUAGUUGUCCCCUCCCUUCGCCUUCCGGCCCCCUGGUACGGUGGGGCUGCUUCUGAGGUCGGUUGUUGUCUUUCAAUUAAAGAAACACUGUGCAGUA